AUGGGGGCUUACAGAUAUAAUCGCAUGAGCUUUGGAGCAGAGAAGGUUAAAUCUUCUUCUUCGGGAGUUCGCCCAUCAGAACGUCGGAAGAGACGGUCGAACAAAGUCUUCAAGAACAGGGAAGAGAUAGAGAACCAAAGGAUGACUCACAUUGCCGUUGAAAGAAAUCGCCGGAGACAGAUGAACCACUACCUCUCUGGCCUCCGGUCCUUGAUGCCACCUUCUUAUUCUCAAAGGGGGGAUCAGGCAUCAAUUGUAGGAGGAGCAAUUAAUUUCGUGAAGGAGCUGGAACAACUCCUCCAAAUCCUAGAAGCUCAUAAGCAAAUUAAGCAACAAUCAAACACUUGUAACUCUUCUCUCUUUGCCAAUUUCUUUACUUUUCCACAAUACUCAACCUGUCCGACUGGCCACAACUCGGUGGUUGCCACCGAGUCGAUGGCUGACAAGUGGUCUCCGGUGGCUGAUAUCGAAGUGAACAUAGUGGAAAAUCAUGCCAACAUCAAAGUACUAUCAAGAAGAAGACCAAAGCAACUCUUGAAGAUGGUUAAUGGCUUUCACUCUAUAAACCUUACUCUCAUGCAUCUCAACAUCUCCACUGUUGAGAAUAUGGUACUCUACUCUUUCAGUGUAAAGGUUGAAGAUGACUGUCAUCUGACUACUGUUAAUGAGAUUGCAACCGCAGUGCAUGAGAUGGUCGCCAUGAUCCAACCAGAGUUACGGUUGCAACCCAAAGAUAUCUCCGCCAUGGGGGCUUACAGAUAUAAUCGCAUGAGCUUUGGAGCAGAGAAGGUUAAAUCUUCUUCUUCGGGAGUUCGCCCAUCAGAACGUCGGAAGAGACGGUCGAACAAAGUCUUCAAGAACAGGGAAGAGAUAGAGAACCAAAGGAUGACUCACAUUGCCGUUGAAAGAAAUCGCCGGAGACAGAUGAACCACUACCUCUCUGGCCUCCGGUCCUUGAUGCCACCUUCUUAUUCUCAAAGGGGGGAUCAGGCAUCAAUUGUAGGAGGAGCAAUUAAUUUCGUGAAGGAGCUGGAACAACUCCUCCAAAUCCUAGAAGCUCAUAAGCAAAUUAAGCAACAAUCAAACACUUGUAACUCUUCUCUCUUUGCCAAUUUCUUUACUUUUCCACAAUACUCAACCUGUCCGACUGGCCACAACUCGGUGGUUGCCACCGAGUCGAUGGCUGACAAGUGGUCUCCGGUGGCUGAUAUCGAAGUGAACAUAGUGGAAAAUCAUGCCAACAUCAAAGUACUAUCAAGAAGAAGACCAAAGCAACUCUUGAAGAUGGUUAAUGGCUUUCACUCUAUAAACCUUACUCUCAUGCAUCUCAACAUCUCCACUGUUGAGAAUAUGGUACUCUACUCUUUCAGUGUAAAGGUUGAAGAUGACUGUCAUCUGACUACUGUUAAUGAGAUUGCAACCGCAGUGCAUGAGAUGGUCGCCAUGAUCCAACCAGAGCAAACUGAUAAAAAAUCGCAAGAUAAUCAAUCAGAACAAGUGCAGAAGCCGAGAGUGGCUACACGGACGAUAAACAACCAGAAGCUGAAUUCUAAAGGUUUGGAAGGCGGUGAAAUUUCAAUGGGUCUUAUGCUUUCUCCGAAAUCCGGCAUCGAGCUUAUGCAGAACUGUGAUUUGCCUCCACCCCUCAAAGUCUUUUCCGGCCCGGAUAAGAAAGUCAUACCACCCAUGAAUAGUUUGAUAGGCCAGGAAGAGGAGGCGGUGGCAUUUCCGAUGUCGAGAAGUGGGUCCGAGGGGGAGAAUUUGGAGCUUUUAAGGGCCUUGCGGCUAUCACAAACAAGAGCAAGAGAAGCAGAGAGGAAAGCUCAAGUGCUGGUUAAGGAGAGAGAUACUCUUUCCAAUGGUCUGAUAAAAGAAUCGGCUCAAUUGUUUGCUUACAGGCAAUGGGUGAAAUUGCUUGAAGUUCAAGUGUCUGUAUUACAAUGGCAGCAGCAGCAGCAAAAGCUAUUUGGCAGUUGUUAUGAAGAUUCAACGGAGGAAGAUGAUGCUAAUGAAGAAGGCAAGGGCAGGAUGAGAUGGUUCGUGGCUUUGGCCUUUUGUUUGGGUAUUGCUGGUUUUGGCCUUAUGUUUAAUUGGAGAUACCUGUUUUGA